UCUCAAUUCAUCUUAGAGCGGCACAGUGGGAACUGGGAAGACUCGAGAAGUGGAAAGAAACAGGUUGAAUCCGGUAGAAAAGAAGACUUUGCACGGACAAAGAAGAAUUUCAAAAAGCUUAGAAAGUUUACAGGAGCUAUAGAUUUCAAGAACAAGURGAGCAAUAGAGAGUCUAACGACAUUCCCACAAUACCAACUGUUACUAUGGCAACCACGACUUUCAUAAGUACCACCAUAGCAACAGUUACUAUGGAAACGGCACUAUUCAUAAAUACCACCCAGAACUUAUCAAUUAUUAUUCCUACUCUUUCUGUCGCCAUCCCAAAGUGUCAAUUCGAAGCAGUGAGUCAUCCGUUCGUGAUCCUGUUAACGAUUGCUUACUCUGCCGUCAUCAUUGUGUCUUUGAUUGCCAACAUCAUGGUGAUACAUUACGCUGCUUCGAGGAAGAAGCUGAGUCGAUCAUUCGAUAGACUGAUAGUCAACAUGGCGGUUGCUGAUAUCCUGGACGCGAUGGUUGGGAUCCCUUCAAAUAUUGCUUACUUCUACAUGGGAAUCAAAUGGUUCCCUGGAGUUCUAGGCGAGCUUACUUGUAAGACAAUUAACUUCGGCACAAACAUUUCUAUCGCCGCCUCGGGGUUCACCCUUGUGGCUAUAGCGGUCGAUCGGUACUUCGCUAUCGCUCACAGAUCUAAGCGCUCCUUAUCUCGACGCACUGUCAAGUUUUCCAUUCUCAUGAUCUGGGUGAUUUCUGGGAUGAUUUUCUCGAGUGAUUAUUACAGGUUCCGAGUUCUAGAAAUGUCAGGACAUAUAGUUUGUCUUCAGGAUCGUCGCAUGUGGGGGAACAAGGCAAUUGAGAUUGACACCAUUGUUAAGUUCGUUCUUAAUUAUGGAUUUCCUCUUUCUGCCAUGGCGAUUCUCUAUGGACUCAUCAUACGGUAUCUAUGGCGACGCAAGGCCCCUGGUUACGCUAGUGACAGUAUUGAAAGAAAGAUUCAUUUGCAAAGAAGGAACUCUGUUAAGAAGUUAAUGACAAUCGUUUUUGUCUUCGCAUUUUGCUGGUUUCCUGUCCACGUCAUGCAUUUUCUUGCCGCCUUCAAUGCCGAUGUCUUCCUUUGCACUUCCAUCUAUAUACCGCUGACCUGUAUAUGGCUGGCUCAUGCAAACUGCGCUAUCAACCCUUGCCUGUAUUUAUAUCUGAGUCGACGCAACAGAGCAAGUCCUGCUAAGCCUAGUAACACAUUCUGACAUACGAGGAAUGGUUUCUCGAGGAAACAGAGUAAAAACAGAACCUCUCAAACAGUAUGUGAAGCUGAACUAGCAACAUUCUAAUCCUGGCUUAUCCUCAAAUUAAACUUAGAACGUCUCCAGUUCGACUGCAAAACAAUCAUGAGAGACGCAGAGGGAUUUUCAAAGCGGUUAGAGUGCAUGGAUUUACAUAAAAACGAAUGUAAUAUUAAGAACCGCUGACCUCACCGAUUGAUAUACAGAGGAUGCAGAAAUAAAGGACACAAUGAAUAGCUAGUUCUAAGAGGUUCGGCUCUAUCACCGAGGGACCAUCAGAAAAGGUAAUAACCGUUUAUACCUUCCGUCAAUCAGCUGAACGUUAAGGACUUCCUUGUCAGCUAACGAUACAUUUAUCGAUUAUUGUUCAAAAGUUGGCUAUGCAGUGCAUUUUGGACCGGCUGUUUUGGACGCCAUCUUGAAAAUAUGCCCCCUCAAACAGCCCCAAAUUACACUGCAAUACAAACUCUACCCAGUUUUCCCUCAACCUCAAAAUGGCUAAUAAAAGUCUAUGUACGUUCCGUAUGGUCGCUCCCAUUGGAUCCAAGACCUAUAAAUUUAUAAUAUUUAUAAGUUUUUGAAAAUCGAUAGAAGUUA